AUGUCACUGACACUACAGAUCCUUCUGGCCUGCGUUUCGAAACUGCCCAAGUCCAUCCGCGAGGCCAUCAUGCCCGAAAUGCGCAUUCCACCCAUCCACAAUGACUCGACCAAAGUUCAGCUAUCCCGUCCAGCACACAUCUACGUCGAUCAUCCGGAUCUAGCCAAGUUCACUGAGUUCGCUGUCGACUUCGGAUUUAUCGAGGAGGCCCGAACCGAGGAGAUGGUUUAUUUUCGCGGGUACGGUAAGGACCCGUAUGUCUACGUCGCUUGCCAGAGCAAAGACGGGAAGCCGAGAUUCCGUGGUGCCGCUUUUGUUGCAGCCUCACAGGAAGAGUUUGACAAGGCAGCCAAACUUGAAGGCGCUCGACUUGGUUCUAUGGAGUCCGCCCCUGGCGGUGGCAAGAUCAUCACCUUCAAUCGACCGGACGAGACAUAUUUCCAUGUUGUCUUCGGCCAGCGAGAACGUAAGGUAGACCAAAAGGAGCCCACUGCAACCCACGAUAACCAGGGCCCUCUGAACAAGGCUUUUGAGAAACCGAGAAGAGUGACUGAGCAGACCUAUGCAGGAGCAUUCCAACGCUAUCACCCGGGUCCUGCACUUGUCCAUAAGCUGGGUCACUAUGGGUAUGUCGUUCCUGAUUUCGACAAUGAGCUGCUGUGGUACACGAGCCACUUCAAUUUUGUACCGUCGGAUAUUCUCCACCAUUGGGACUUUGAUAAUUUGGACGUUAUGGUCUUUCUCCACCUUGACCUCGGCGAAGAGUUCUCCGACCACCACUCCUUUUUCAUGCAGCGAGCGGAACCUCAUGUGAAGAAAGCCUUUUGCCACCACACGUCAUUCGAGGUGGCUGACUUCGACACUCAGCUCCUUGGUCACGACUGGCUAGCCAAGAAAGGCUGGCACUGCAUCUGGGGCGUUGGGCGCCAUGUGUUAGGCAGCCAGAUCUUCGACUACUGGGCCGACCCCAGCGGCUUCAAGGUCGAGCACUAUGUCGAUGGAGAUAUUGUCAACAAACACACCCCGACCACAAGAUCUGUCGUCGGUCCCAUGUCUGUUUGGGGUCCCGAAAUGCCUAAAGGUUUUCAAGACAGCAGUGUCUAA